AUGUACGAAUGGAAGGUCGGGCUCGCAAGAUGAGGCAGUAUAUCGCUAUGAAUACGCUUAAAGAAUGUUUCUCAGUCUGGAAACUAAGACGACAACAAGUGAACAGAGUGACUGAAUAUCAUAACAAUGCAAUUGUUAAAAGGUCAUUCUAUGGCUGGCUUGAAGUUGCUAGACAGAGGGUUGAACAACAAAAGAAAAUGCUUGCAUUUCAAGAAAAGCGUUGCAGGUCAAUGGCCUUUAGAGUGUGGCAACUGCGAUUAUCCCAGAAAACAGAAGUAGAUUACCGGCAUGAUGUCAUCGUUGAGAAUCGAUUGAAGGAGAUUCUACAGAGAUGGCAUUGUUGGGCAAUUCAGAAUAGGAUGUGGAGUGACAUCUCUAAGAACUUGACUUGCGUCUUUGAAGUCAGACGACUUCAACAGUGUUGGAGAGUGUGGAGACAAGAAACUCAUAAGCUGCAACAGAUGAAGAUCAUAUAUGAAACCAAUCUAGCCUCAAAAACUCUGAUGGCAUGGCAUAUAGAAGUUAGACGACGUAAAGAAAACAAACGCAAAUGUGAGGAGUAUCAACAAAUACAAAUGCGUAAAACACUGAUGAAGACAUUUACGCAAUGGUGGCUUUCUCAUCGUCAGAAUAAACUAGCAUGUGAAUACAGACAGCACACAGAGACUAGAAUGGUCCAAAGUAUGUUCAUCGAGUGGAGGGAGUGUGCAUUAAUCACUAAAGGUCAAAGGCAUUAUACCAGGAGUACUUUAUGCAAGUGUUUCUAUUUGUGGAAAGAACACAUCGAAGAACAGAAAAGACUGAAGUAUCGCCUGAAGCUCAUCGUCCAUCACUGGAGGAGUCAGGCACGGAAUUGUGCCAAGAUGCGUGACAUUGCCGAUAGAUACUGCCAAGAAUACAGGGAAAUGCAGAUUGCUAAUGUCUUCAGGAAAUGGGUGGAUAAUACAGAGAAAUCAAUCAUGAGCCGAGAUUAUUAUAACGAAGUAGUCAAGAGAAAAUGCUUCAAUGGAUGGAUCCAUGAAAUACAGAAGCGAAUCAAACAGAGAAAGAUGAUGUUAGAUUUCAGAGAGAAAUCUAUGAUAAGACAGAUGGCGAGCACUUUUGACAUCUGGAAAAAUGAAUACAUUGUAUCAGAAACUCGCACUGAAAUAGUGGAGGUUCAUACACACAAACGGGAUAACAGGUUGUUACAGUCCGUUAUGAACGAAUGGAAGCAGUACAGUAGAGAUAGUAAAAUGAACAGAUUUAUUAGAACUACAACAUUAAGAAAGGUGUGGUCAAGGUGGACUCUAGCGAUGGAGUACAAGAGAAAGGCAGAAAUCUUUGCAGAAAAUAAACUAAAGGAGAAGAUGGUUGCCACGGUUACCUUCUGGAGCCAAUGGGCUAAAGGCAACAAAGUGAGAAGAGAGAAUGGGGAAAUUCUUGUGAAUGCAUGUAGAAGAAACAAAUUACGCUCAGUGUUGCUUUACUGGAAAACUGAAUCUGAGAAGAGAAUCACUGCAACUGAACACUAUUUGACAAAACUGAGUCAAAAGUCAAUUCGCGAGUGGAGUCGGGUGGUGAAAAAGGAGAAGCAGAUGGCGGUAAUUGAGAAAGUAAUUACAGCUCGAAAACAACGUUCGUUACUUCAGGGUGUGCUCACUCACUGGAAAGAAACCUAUCAGCAUAGUGUAAGAAUGAAACAAGUACUGCAUCUUGCACUGGAGAAAAGAAACCAAAGACAACUGCUGAAGAGUCUGUUGCAGUGGAGGAAACAAAUCCAGGAACUGAAAGCAGACAGACAUCGGCAGUAUUUGAUACAAAGGCAUGUAGUCAAGAAAUGGAAGUGUUUUGUUCGUCACAAGAAAGAAGAAAGACAGAAUGAGAGGGACAUGAUGGAAUUAGCCGAAGAUCACUACAAUAAAACCUUAUGUAAGAAAAUUACCUUUCACUGGAGAAACGAAGCCAAGAUGAUGAACUUUGUAAAAUGCAGAAAUCAAAAACAGACAAAAGAUUGCUGGAAUGUUUGGAAAUCCACAGCGGAUAAGGAAUUCACUGCUAGACAUAUAGCUGCUCACAAAAUCUACAACUCUGUAUGGAGUAGAUGGAGAAAGGCUUUCAUUCAAAUUAGCGUUGCUAAGGCCAUGACAUCACAAGAUAAUAAGCAUCUCAGGUCUGAGGCAUUCAAUGGAUUGCGUCAGUAUACAGCAGUUCGUCGCCUCGGUAACAAGGUUCAUGAUCAGCAUUUGAAGAAUUUAAUGAAGUCCACUUUUGCACAUUGGCGAGAACGCUAUCACAACUCAAGUUUACCGAGCAGUACCGUGACAAGUUAUUCCAGUGCUCCUGGAAACCUCUCGUCAUCAUCCAGUGAAACAUUAUCAGUCACUUGGAAUUGACCCAACUGAAAGUACUUUGACUUACCUUUAUACAAAUGGUAUCUUCCAUGCUUUAACAAUAUGAGGGUUAUACCAUUUAUUAGUUGAAGGAAGGGCAGGAUGUAUUAGAUGUUUCAGAUUCACUUAAACUCACAAUGUAUUAAAAGUUUUGUUAUGAAUGAUCAAAAUGCAGGGCAAAGUCAUAAUUGUCUUUGAAUCCAAUCAUACACAACUAUUCUACAUUAAUUUACUAAUUGGCUUUAAACAUGUGUCUGCAGUGCUGACGGACUGUGGACUGCCCUUUUCCAAAAUAGACUCCAUUAUAUUGGAUUCAACCAAUAAUCAUGGGUAGGACAGGUGGUAUUCUGAAGGAAAUAUUUUUAGUUCCUGAAAAGUUUGAUUUAUAAGAAUACAUAAGGUUGAAAUAUUACAAAUUUUAAAAUCAUGGAGUGUCCAAAUAAAAUUGAAUGUUUGAUUGUACAUACUUGUAAAAAUACAAGAGACACAAAUUAUUUAUUACAAAAUGCUAGUUUCAAUAUUCUACACUGUUUUGGAGCUCUCCUGAUUUAUUGAAGUAUGUUAAAAGAAAAAAGUGCAUGGUUUAUUUUUUAAGGAAUAUCUUUUUUUUCUCUAUUUUUGUGAAUAUUUUAAUGGGACCCAAAUGUUGUGAUUGGUGGAUUUGUCACAUGUGACCAUGUAAGUGAGCUGUGGUUGGUGGAUUGGCAAGUAACCAAGUGGCUGGAUAUCAUUUGAAAUAGAAUAAUUAUGUUUUAAGCAUUUCUAGCCUGUUUAAUACAGAUUCACAAAAACAUUGCGAAUUUUCUCAUUUUUUGUACACUGGGAGUAUUCUAUAAUAAUCUUAUUUACGCUUCAAUAGUUUGCGACAUGAAAACAGUGUAAUGAUUAUACUCAUUUAUAGUAUUUGAA